AUGCUGCCACCAAUAGACACAUCAUCGAAUAAACGUCCACCGCAAUAUCAACAGCAACACAUUGAAGGCGGAGUUAACCCUGCUGUGUUCAAGAAACCUCGGUUGAAUGAAGAUAGCAGCAGACAGAAAUCAUCACCAACUCCAUACACUCAAAGAGAACAACAUGAGAUCCAAGGUAAAUUGAAUAAGGUAUUAGGUCCAGAAUACAUAAGUUUCCGACCUGGUGGUGGUGGACAGAAGGUAGCUUAUAUUGAAGGGUGGAGGGCCUUGAACCUUGCAAAUGAGAUCUUUGGAUUCAAUGGCUGGUCUUCAGAAUUGGUUAGUACUCAAGUGGAUUACUUUGACACUCAUGGGCAAAGUGGGAAAUAUUCUUUAGGUCUUGCAGUUCUUGUUAGAAUCACUUUGAAAGAUGGUACUUUUCAUGAAGACUUUGGGUAUGGGUUUAUUGAUAAUGCUAAAAGUAGAGCCAUGGCUUUUGAGAAAUGUAGGAAGGAAGCCUUUACUGAUGCAGUUAAAAGAUGUCUUCGAUGUUUUGGUAAUGUAUUGGGUAAUUGUCUUUAUGAUAAAACCAUUAUUCAGAAGAUUCAUAAAUUCAAAUUAGAUCCUCAUGAGUAUACCACUGAAGAUUUCCAUCGAGAUCCAUUGAUAGCUCAAAGAGAGCAACUUAAAAAGGAGUCCACUUUUUCUUCAAUUCCCGGUUCAUCUACUUUCAAUAACAAUCCUACUACAUCAACAUCAACAAUACGAUCGAUGUCAGUUCCACCUCAACCAGGACCCAAUUCCAAUUCCAAUUCCAAUGGUAUUGUUAAAAGUAGUAGUAAUGGUGGAGUCAUGGCUACUACAAAGCAAAUCCCCAUAUCACGAGAAGUUAUGUUGACUGCAUCCCAAGAGGCUGUCAAGUUUUUCGGUACUGAUGAUCCAUUUACAUUUAGUGAUGACAUUGGUCCUGAGGAUGACGAUAAUGUGGAUAUGGAUGGAAUCGAUGAUAUGGAGCUACAACAAUUAGAAGGUCGAAACAGAGAACUAGCUGAUUCAUCACGUAAUAAUUCAGAUGACGUACCACAAGCAAUGUUUGUCAGUGCUAAAAUCGCUGAUAGACAUGAGAAGGAUGGUACGGUUCCAUUGAAGAAGUUUGAUACCAAUUUCAUUUCUUCAAGUAUAAGACGUACUUUGGAUCCCACCAAAUCGGUUCCGGUUAAGAAGGCAGAGGUUCUAGAGCUUUAUAGCCAACAAGUGAAUGAUUCGCAUAACAACGUCAACGGAUAUCGGGCUGGAAAUGAAGAUGGGAAUGGCAACACGAGUGUUCUAGGUAAACGAUUAAUAGGUGCACCACCAUCAGUCCCUAAGUCUUCUCCUUCAUCCCAACAGUUUCGUCCACCAAUGAAACGACCCCAUAAAGAAACAUCUCAACUGGAUUCGGGUUAA